UUUUCCUAAGAAAGAGGGCACUGUUCCUUUUUAAGUUGAGAGUACCCCAAACAGCCAACUUGGCUAGUUGGCCUAUAAAAAGAUCAUGACGGGCACCUUUCUUUCACCAGAAUAAGCCAUUCCUACUUCUCAUUUUCUCAUACCCACCACUGCUAGCUCUCUUUCUCGAGUCCCAGCAAAGGAAAGAAUGGAGUUCUCAACAUCCAGGCAUCCUUCCUGGCCUUUUCUCUUCACCUCACCUCUCCUUUUCCCCUUUCAAUUCACCCCAGAAAACUAUGUUCACUGGACAGAAACUCCAGAAGCCCACAUCUUCUCAGCUGACCUUCCGGGUUUGAGGAAAGAGGAAAUAAGGGUGGAAGUAGAGGACUCAAUAUACCUCAUCAUCAGAACAGAGGCGGCUGGUGAAUCAACAGAGCCUGCUAGGAUCUUCAUGAGGAAAUUCCGGCUUCCGGGCAUGGUCGAUAUUGACAAUAUCUCAGCUAUACACGAAGAUGGAAUCUUGACGGUGACGGUGCCAAGAAGGUUUGUGAGGAGAGGGUUUUAUAUAGAGCCAACCGACCUGCCGGAACGGCCAGAGCUUCUUGCAAGGGCAGCUUGAGUGUCUGCACUUUGCAGCAUGCAUGGUGUGGAAUCGAGAUAUAUCAUGUAUGGUAGCCAGCUAGGCACUAAAGGAUUGGGGGCAUUGGUUGUGCGCUGAUUGAAUUUGGAAAUUGUUCUUCCUGAAGUACUCAUUGAAUUAUGAUUUGUUACAAUUUAUUAGAACUAGCAAAUGAAACUUUCAGAUAGGUUUGCUGGAUUGACUAGGUGAAUAUCUAUUCUAACGAGUAUUGAGAAAAUGAAUAUCGUUGUUUUUGGCCUUC